AUGCCUGCGCUUUCAGUCACCGAUGCGGCUGAGUCAAUAGCGACUAGUGUUCUUUUUUUGCGGGCUGUGAAUGAGACUGGUGAUGCGCUGCAGGUUAUUUGCGCGUGGCCAGUUUCUGGACAAUACGGAACGGGGACUCGAGUUUUAUACUAUGUUCUCAUCGCCGCAUGUCUUGUCGCAAGGAGAGAGGAAUGGCUGGUGAAUCCUUGUUUGGCCGCUGCGUUAGUGCUGCCAGCUGUUGCCGCCAUUCACGGCAUAGUCCUGACGGCAAUGCACAAUCCUGAUGCAGUCGAUAUGGAUAUUUUUGGUGCUUUCCAGCUUUGCGCGAUUGGUAUCUUGGCAGCACCAGUAACGGUCAUGCUGUCAAAGACUUACUUUAAUGAUCCCGGUAGAAACACUAUUUUUCUGUGGACAUUUCUGUUACUGAUCGGUCUUUUGAGCAUGACAAUCGAGUUUUACCGCAUCGAAACUCACUCCUGUUUAAUCGACGCAUCAGGCAAUCCAGUCUCACCAAACGCCUCCAACUUUCACUAUAUCGAAGGAAACAACUGUAACCUGACCUGUUCAACACAGAACGGGCCUUCGUCUCCAAUGAGAGGCGGAUCCGCGAACAAUAUCUACGUCAUACCAGCACCGCAUACCCUCACGUUCGGCACCGCGACUUUACUCGCCGCCGCAUGUUGUGUGCACGCCGUUCUGUGUCUUAUUUCCAUGUGGGAUAGAGUACUUGAGAUCAAUUGGCGCCGCAGAUUCGGAAAACCGACCGACGACGCGGCAAGCGAAGAUGAUGAAAGCGCCAAUAAAGGUGUUAUGAAGAAAGUCAACGAUACUAUUGGCUUUUUUCUCCGUAUCCUAGCGAUCCCCGUUUUUGGUGGCGCUGGUUUGGCUAUUCUUAUCGUGGGUGAGAUUAACUUUUUCAGCCCUCAAGUCAAUUACCAGACUGAGCCAAUGGCCAAUAUUGGCCAAUGGGCACCCAUCACAGACACGCCGACAAAGCAGGCGAACCAUAUCCAUCUCAUCACUGCAAUUGUUCUCAUUGCCAUUUCAACGACGAACGAAGCCAAGUCUCUCACCAAGAGAGUAUAUCUUCACUCAACAGCCAUCACAUAG